UAAAAGGCAUAACAUCGGUGCAUAUUCUGGUACAAGUUGCUGUGUAUAUGUCAACCAGGAAAUCCUUUGUACAGUGGCUCUCAAAGGCUGACUAGCUGGUGUUUAGCUGAGGAAAAAAAACUCUUCAACGUUUUCAGUGAUAAUGUGGCGAUUACCUAUGCUUUUUUCUUUUUUGCUGGUGAUAUCAACCACCAUUAUCUUUUUUAUUAUAUUCCUGGAAAAUUCAGCAAAAACAAAACAGUUGAUGGUUGUCUCAGGAACAAACAAAACCAACAGAGAAUACAAACUGUUGCAAAUUGGUAAAUUAUUGCAAAAGAACACAGAGCUGACUCCAAAAAGAACAGUUCUGAAAAUGGAUCCAGUGAACACCAUUCCUUCUGAAACUCCUAUUCCCAUAAUUUGGAAAAAAUAUUUUAAGAAGCUUCCUCAGUGGAGCUUCGAGGAUAUCUAUAACUUGGAUGCUUCACUUAGACCAAUGACAUGUCCGCAGUCUCUGCGUAACUCCAAGGACGAGGCCUUCCAGAAAGCUUUCCUUCCCAACAUACGCAUGUUUCUGCACAAAGACAACUUCAACAUCAGAGAGUGGAACCGGCUGUCACAUUUUAACAAUCCUUUUGGUUUUAUGCAAAUGAAUUAUGAUGAUGUAAUGCCUGUAGUCAAGCUAAUUUCAAAGCCAAAAGAACCACUGCUUCGCCCAAAACCAGGCGGGGAUGGCUGUGUGCACUGUGCUGUGGUGGGAACAGGAGGCAUCCUGAACGGCUCAAAAAUGGGAGCUGAGAUUGACGCUCAUGACUACGUCUUUCGGAUGAAUGGCGCGGUGGUCAGCGGUUUUGAGGAAGAUGUCGGGAACAGAACAUCAGUAUAUGUUCACACAGCCCACUCAAUUACAUCAUCCCCUCUUUUUUACAAAAAAUUUGGAUACAUGGCUGCCCCACAUGAUGAGGGUAUAAAGUACGUUCUGAUUCCUGAGGGCUUGAGGGACUUCCAGUGGCUCAAUGCUGUUAUCAAAGGAGAACGAGUCUCUGAAGGGGAAUAUCGUAAUAGAAACGCCAGGACCUACUAUUCAGGACAGUACAACGAGACCCGCUUCUAUGUCCUGCACCAGGACUUUCUGAGAUAUGUACGAAACAGGUUUUUGAAAUCAAGCAAUCUCAAUGCAGGGUUCUGGGCCAUUGUCCGACCAACCAAUGGGGCGUUUGCUAUCUUUACGGCUCUUCACGUUUGUGACACAGUGAGUGCAUAUGGAUUCAUGACAGAAGACUACAGAAAAUACUCCAACUACUAUUUUCAAAAGUACCUGAAAACCAAUGUAGUUUUCUACGCCAACCAUGACUAUAUAAUGGAGAAGAAUUUGUGGAAGAGCCUCCAUGAUAAAAAAAUAAUAAAGCUGUUUCAGAAAACUGGAUCACAGGAAAAUACAGAAAAGCUGACAGCCCUGAAUCACUGAAGAUGAGUGUUAAAACAUCAACAAAGGCAAACCGUUUACCAUCCUGACUAGCAUUAUUAAAAACAAAUUAAUCCUACUGCAUAAUGAGCACCAUAAGAACAUUUUGGUUUCUUGUACUGCAAAUUUAGAAUGCUGUACUUGAAGAGUCACAUUUUUAUGUAAAAAAUAAAUCUGAAGGGUGUGGACAGAAGAUUUGGCUA